CAAAGAGUGGAAAGGCCUCGAUCUCUCUCUCUCUCUGUGGAGAUGACAAAAUUCUCGGUAGAAGGCGAGGGCGAAGAAGGGCCGAGCAGCCCCAACAAGCGGAAGCGAGUCUUCGAUGGCGAGGAUGAUGACAAGGAAGAUGGGCCCACCAUCUCCAUCAGCAUCGACACUGACGUCCUUGAUUGCACCAUCUGCAUGGAACCCUUGAUCCCACCCGUCUAUCAGUGUGAUAAUGGACACAUCGCAUGCUCGUCAUGCUGCACCAAACUCAAGAACAAAUGUCACUCCUGUUCUUGGCCCAUAGGCUACAGCCGCUGUCUGGCCAUCGAGAAAGUCAUUGAAUCCAUUAAAGUCACUUGCCACAAUGCCCGCUAUGGGUGCAAAGAAAGAGUAAGCUACAGCAACAAACUCACUCAUGCAGAGUCAUGUGUCUACAUGCCGUGCGCUUGCCCCAUUCCAGACUGCGCCUUCCUUGGGUCUGCUGAUCAGUUGUCUUUCCACUUCGGCAGCAACCACUGGGCUGCCUCCUCGAUUCGUUUCCGAUACAACUGUCCCUUUCCAGUUUCUUUGGAUAAAAACGGGCCGUUCAUCGUUCUCCAUGGGGAGGAUGGCCGUCUCUUCAUCCUCAACAACAGCACCGAGCAUUUGGGGAAUGCUGUUGCUGUCACUUGCAUCGGGCCCAAUUCUUCGAUGGGGGGUUUCUCGUAUGACCUUAUAACAAGGAAAGGGGGAAGGUCCCUCCGAUUACAGUCCUUCACAAGGAGUAUUAAACGGCGGACAGACGCUUCGGUUUCUUCCAUGGAUUUUCUUCUAGUUCCUCAUGAUUUCCACAGUUGUGUUGAGCAGCUCAAGUUGGAGGUUUGUAUUUGGAGUACUAGAGAGUUGGAAUGAGUAAAUGGAGGAAUUGCAGUAUCCUCAAUCAGAAGCUUUUCUCAGUAUACUCGGGUUUUCAGCUCUGACAAGUGGGCGCUCAUGGCUAUGGCUUUGUAAUCCAGAUCAAUGUUUUAAACCCUGACCAGACCUUUACCUGUAAUUGUUAGUCCUUCUGCCUAAGACUGCUCCAGGUUUUACAACACUGAUCCAGAUUGAUUCCCACCAUGUGUGGACCAGGCUCUAAAACUGCUCCAGAUUAAAAAGAUCCUAGCCACCAAUCUUAGGUUUUUAUCAGUUUAUUGUGGACUGCCCCUUUGUCUUUUGAACCUUUUCUUAUAGGCCACAAAAUUGAAAGGUUAGAGUUGUCCUGUACAUGUGAUCUACAGCACAUAGUACAUCCAUGAUGGGGCCAAUCCAACAUG